UUGUCAUCUAUCGUGAUGUCAACAUAUGGGCUAUGUUUAUAAUUCUGUUUCUAUUCACUCUUGUAAUUCUUGCCCGCGGUGAAAAUCAUUACAUGUACCAAGGCAUCGACGUAAGUGGUACUGAUUGGCGUGUUUUUCUCUCCGUAACUCCAGAAAACGAAGAAUUACCAAAGUACGACAUAAGUCACUGGGUGCAACAACUGCAUUUACAGCAAUGCGCUUUUGUGGAGAUUGGCGAGGGCUUCUGUGCCGUACAAUUCUUUCUGCUACACAGUUGUUUGUGGAGUUACGAAGCAUUCCCAGUACUGCCAAAUAUGGAGACAGCACCAGGGUAGGAGAAUUCUUUUUGGGUUUGUGCACUUGUGCAACUCUAAGAUCAUGGAUAUUAUGUUCAUCGGAACUGACUAUGCAGAGGAAAUCCGAUUGCAUCUUCACAGAAGCAACAGCUUAUGCAAAUACCAGUGCAAGAGUCCACAGAAGACUUUGUGACGUAACAUUACUUAGUAACAGUGCUCCAGCUUGUAACUGCUCCGUGCCGAUGGCGGGUCAGCAGCUUUACAAAACGGAAGGUUCCAGUUUUCCUACUUGCUUUCGCAACCCGUUACUGGAGUCAUUAUGCUUUCCUCGAGGUGUCUGUGGUGUGGCAGAGUGUUCAGCAGUGACUAUUAAAGGAAUUCUCUCGCCACGGUGUAAUCCAAACUGUCACAAACGGCAGCCUUUCUGUGAAGAAGUAGGACCAUGGACUUCAAUAGCACCAACAAUCACUUCCCUCUGGUCUCAUUGGUCAAUACCAAAAUGCAACAGCACCUGUGGACAAGGGUUCAUGAUCGCUACAGCAGUGUGCCACGACCAAGUAACAGGAAAACCAGCGAUUGAUUGCAUUGGACCUGGAUCCUUUUGUUGUCCAACAAAUAUUAAAAGAUGCAAUUGUGAGGUGGCCGUUAGCGAGGGUAUUAUGACAGCAACCCGAAUUAUGGAGCCCUGCACGUGUACAGAUGGCUGUGUCAUUGAACGCCCUCAAAAGAGGCUAUUUAAUCGAGGAGAGAGAGAGUCCAUCCCAGACCCAGGUUGGAACGAUGAUUCUGAUACGAUUUACGAAGAGUUUAACCAUAAUAACUUUGAAGAGGAGUACGUGAACUAUCCUGAGUACAUAAAUUCUGUUCAACGGCGUCUUUUAACACAUAACUAUUAUAUAGAUAAAAAUGAAUACAAGCAAAAUUUUUUCGAAUAUGUUAAUGAACUGAGGAAUAAGCGAGAAGAAAAGCCUGUGGAUGAUGAUGUUGACGAUGACACUGAGGAAUAUGAUGACGAUGAGAACGAAGACUACGAAGAUCUGAUCGCGUCCCUGUUCAGACGUACCAGUCUGGCACAUCGCAGAAAUGUCACACGGUAUGAAAGGGAUACCCACGAGAUACAAUGGGAGAAAGCCAGACGACAAGAAAGCAACGUUGAUAACGACACUGGUUGUGAAGACGAUGUUACAGACGAGUCACAUUAUAUAGAAUAUGAUCCUGAAGCAGAUUCUGCCGGAGAUAUAGAGCAAGAUCAAGAAGAGGAGUACGAUUUAUCUUCAAGUAAUCGGACCCGAAUUAUAAAUACUGUCCUCUUAAACAAAUUGCUUGUAGCAUUAUGGAUCUUCUUUUCUUAUAAUUGUACACUUAAUAUUUAAGAAAGUUUGGAUAACACCUGACAUGACUUCACGACUACUUUAUUAGAAUUAUGUGUAGAAAAGACAUAGAGUGAAUAUCUUAAUUCAAGAAUUGUUGAAACAGAAUUAAAACGAAUUCAAAAGAA